AUGUCGAUAAAAAAAAAAAAUUCACCCAAACCGAAAAACAAGUGGGCACGCAUAAAAUCCGGAUUUUUCGUCACAUCCGCGGAUCUGCGGAUGUCAAUUUGCAGCGCGGAUAUCCGGAUAAAAUCCGCAUCCGGACAUCCAUUCGGAAGGCCUAAUGCUAACACUGCCAAUUUACGAGUUCAAGGGAAGUCGAAGAAACUUUCAACACUCAAUAAAAAGCACGAGUUGUACAUUUUGCUUAGUUUUAUUUACGUUUUUUUUACUGUCGAUUUUUAUUGUUUUCCUCGUCUUCAUGCUCUUGAGCGAAAGCCUUCAAGCCAUUUAAGAUAUUUAAUUCUCCUUUCCAUCUACGAGACGGCAUUUUAUACUUUAUCGUUAACUCAAGGAAACAAAACCAUUAGCUAA